UCUUUCUUUCUCUUUCUGUCUGUUUCUUUUUUUCUCUCUGUCGGUGAAAAUUGUCUUUCUUUUUGGUUUUAAUCUCUUCUUGUUGUUUUUUAAUCAUCAUGAUCAGUGGGCGUUAAUUUAGUUUAAUUUAAUUGUUGUUUACACCUCACAAUAAAGUUUUGUGACCUAAGGUUGUCAAUUUGAUUGUUUUUUUCUUUACUACAUUCCAUCAUCAUCAGCAUCAUCAUCAUCAUUAUCAACUAUGGCACCGGUACGUGGUGAUGGGAUGAGAGGACUUGCAGUCUUCAUCACGGACAUUAGAAAUUGUAAGAGUAAAGAGGCGGAAAUCAAAAGAAUAAACAAGGAAUUAGCAAAUAUCCGUAAUAAAUUUAAGGGAGAUCGGACUCUUGAUGGCUACCAGAAAAAGAAAUAUGUCUGCAAGUUAUUGUUUAUUUUCCUCCUUGGACAUGACAUAGACUUUGGACACAUGGAGGCAGUUAACUUAUUAAGUUCUAAUAAAUACUCCGAGAAACAAAUUGGCUAUUUAUUUAUAUCAGUUCUUAUGAAUGCAAACAACGAAUUGAUGAAAUUGAUCAUUCAGUCAAUCAAGAAUGAUCUUUCCUCUCGUAAUCCUGUUCAUGUAAACCUUGCACUUCAAUGUAUCGCCAAUAUUGGUAGUCGAGAAAUGGCCGAAACGUUUGGAAAUGAAAUACCAAAGCUUCUAGUUUCUGGAGAGACAAUUGAUGUUGUCAAGCAAAGUGCUGCUCUUUGUCUUCUUCGUUUAUACCGAACAAUGCCGGACAUAUCACCAAGUGGUGAAUGGACAUCAAGAAUAAUUCAUCUUCUCAAUGAUCAACAUAUGGGUGUUGUAACUGCUUCCGUUAGCUUAAUUGAGAAUCUUGUCAAAAAGAAUCCCGAUGAGUAUAAAAACUGUGUCUCAUUGGCUGUUUCCCGUUUAAGUCGAGUUGUAACAGCCUCAUAUACCGAUCUUCAAGAUUAUACUUACUACUUUGUGCCAGCUCCAUGGCUUUCAGUUAAGUUGCUCCGUCUCCUUCAAAAUUAUCCACCUCCAGAUGAUCCAGGGGUUAGAGGUCGAUUGAAUGAGUGUCUAGAGACAAUCUUGAAUAAAGCACAGGAACCACCCAAAUCUAAGAAAGUGCAACAUUCCAAUGCUAAAAAUGCCGUUCUAUUUGAAGCCAUAAGUCUUAUUAUUCACAUGGAUAGUGAGGCAAACCUUUUAGUACGCGCUUGUAACCAAUUGGGUACAUUCCUUCAACAUCGAGAAACAAAUUUAAGGUAUUUAGCUUUGGAAAGUAUGUGUCUCCUUGCAACCUCUGAAUUUUCUCAUGAUGCAGUUAAAAAACACCAAGACACUGUUAUCAAUGCUCUUAAAACUGAAAGAGAUGUAAGUGUUAGACAGAGAGCGGUUGAUCUUCUCUAUGCGAUGUGUGACAAAACCAAUGCAGAGGAAAUUGUCGCCGAGAUGCUUUCUUAUCUUGAGACUGCAGAUUAUUCCAUUAGAGAGGAAAUGGUUCUCAAAGUUGCCAUACUCGCAGAAAAAUAUGCCUCAGAUUAUACUUGGUAUGUUGAUGUUAUCCUUAAUUUGAUUCGUAUUGCCGGUGAUUAUGUUAGCGAAGAGGUUUGGUAUCGUGUAAUUCAAAUUGUAAUUAACCGUGAGGAUGUGCAAGGUUAUGCUGCUAAAACUGUUUUCGAGGCUCUUCAAGCACCAGCUUGUCAUGAGAAUAUGGUUAAAGUUUCUGGUUAUAUUCUUGGUGAAUUUGGUAAUCUCAUUGCUGGUGAUCAAAGAUCAAGUCCAAUGAUUCAAUUUGAAUUGUUACAUUCUAAAUAUCAUUUAUGCUCGGUACCAACUCGAGCUCUUCUUCUAACCUCUUACAUUAAAUUUAUCAACCUUUUCCCCGAGAUACGUAAUGAAAUACAAUCAGUAUUGAAACAAGAUAGUAAUAUACGAAGCGCUGAUGCUGAGCUUCAACAACGAACUGUUGAAUAUCUUCAAUUAAGUCAAAUUGUUACCAAUGCAGUUCUUGCCACGGUUCUUGAAGAGAUGCCACCAUUUACCGAAAGAGAAUCCUCAAUUCUAGCAAUACUCAAGAAAAAGAAACCCGGUAUGAGUGAAAGUAUAACCACUGGUACACCCAAGGAACACAAAACCAUGUCAAAUAAUAUAAUGUCCGAAAUGAAUGGCAGUGCCCGAACUAAUGGAUCAACAGAUUUACUUGGCUUAAAUUCAUCAACACCCUCAAUGGUUGGAUCACAAAAUCGUAAUCGGACCACCAGCAGUAAUCUAUUAGUUGAUGUGUUUGAUUCAUUCAAUGAUCCACCAGCUGAGAUUGGGUCACUUGAUAAUAAUGCACCAACAACUGGAUCAAAUUCAAUUGUUGUCUCCAAUGAAGAAGGAUGUAGAAAAUUAGUCUGUAAACACAAUGGAAUCCUUUUCGAGAACGAUAUUAUUCAGAUUGGUGUAAAAGCAGAAUAUAAACAAAAUCUUGGUAGAAUCUCCAUCUAUUAUGGAAACAAGACAAGUUAUCAUUUCCAAAAUUUUCUUCCCAAUAUCACAACACCCGGUGAUUUAUCUCGAGCUCUCAAUAUCCAAGUGAAACCUGUUGAGUCUGUUAUUGAAGCUGGAGCUCAGGUUCAUCAAGCAUUGAACAUUGAAUGUGUUGAGGAUUUCAAAGAAAGACCAGCAUUGAUUGUUCAAUUCACUUAUGCAGGUCAACAGCAAAGAUUUGACCUUUUGAUCCCUUUGACAAUUAAUAAGUUUUUCGAACCCACUGUAAUGGGUGCUGCUGAUUUCUUUGCAAGAUGGAAAAAACUUGAAAAUCCUCAAACGGAAGCCCAGAAAAUAUUUAAAGCCAAGUUUCCAAUUGACAUCGAAGUGAUCAAAAGUAAACUAAUUGGCUUUGGAUUACAAUUAUUGGAAAAAAUUGAUCCAAAUGAUACCAAUUUCGUUUGUGCCGGUAUCGUACAUUCAAGAGCUCUACAAGUUGGUGUUCUAUUGAGGUUUGAACCAAGUAUAAAAGCUCAGAUGUUCCGUCUGACAAUUAGAUCAAGCAAGGACACCGUUUCACAUCAAUUGUGUGAAUUACUUCAUGACCAAUUUUGAUCAAAUCCCUUUUAUCAAGUGUUAAAUUUAAAUUGUUCAUCAAUUGUCAAUGACAACAGAAUUACAUCAACCUUAAUAAUUAAACGUUAAAGCGUUGGAAGAGAGAGAGAGUGAGUGAAGAAAAAAAUUACAAAAUCAAUUGGAAAUCGCAUGUAAACAGGUUAAAAAUUGUAUUAGAAAAUUUAAAAUAAAAUUAAUCUUAUUUGAAAUGUGUUUAA